AUGGUCGCAGACCAAUCUGCACAUUUCGAAGAUGCCAAGGAACUUCAAGACCAGAGCUAUAUUCCAUUCUGGCGAUUGUUGGUUGAUCAAAAAGUCAUCACCAAAGAGGUGUUGCAUCAUCAAUAUGACGGUUCGGGGACUGAAGAUGACCCCUAUGUCGUGCAGUGGUUGAACGUCGACCCUCGGAAUCCCAUGGAGUUCAGCAUGGCAAGAAAGGCCAUUGUUACUUUUGCUACUGCCGUUGCGACCUUCGUCAUAUCUUUGACUUCUUCCGCGUACAGUGGUAGUAUGCAGGGUGUUAUCGAUGAGUUUGAUAUUAGCAGAGAAGUCGCGACUCUUGGCCUGUCGUUGUUUGUAUUUGGAUUCGCCGUGGGACCGUUGAUAUGGGCACCGCUUAGCGAGACCAUUGGUCGGCAAAUCCCAUUCUUCGCUUCCUUUCUUGCUCUUGCUGCCUUCUCGGCGGGGUGUGCGGGGGCCCAGAAUAUCCAUACUUUGUUGAUUCUUCGGUUCUUUGGGGGUGCUUUUGGUUCUGCGCCUCUGACGAAUGCUGGUGGCGUUAUCUCGGACAUGUUUGUCGCUAGACAACGAGGACUGGCGAUGCUUUUAUUCGCGUCGACUCCUUAUCUAGGUCCUGCCCUCGGGCCCAUCAUUGGUGGCUUCCUCGGUAUGAACGCAGGGUGGCGAUGGGUUGAGGGCUUCCUGUCUGCUUGUGCAGGCAUGGCUUGGAUUUUGAUGGCGAUUCUUGUCCCUGAGACUUAUGCACCGGUGCUACUCCGCAAGAGAGCCGCAAAGUUGUCCCUCCUCACAGGCAAAUGCUACCAAAGCAAACUCGAUCUGGAAAGAGGUAAAAUCUCAGUCGGCAAGCGGCUGAAGACGGUUUUCUCUCGACCUUGGGUGCUUCUUUUCCGUGAACCCAUCGUUCUUCUACUCACAUUCUACGCCGCCCUUAUCUACGGUGUGCUCUACAUGCUUUUCGAAGCAAUUCCUAUCGUCUACGAGGAAAUUCGCGGGUGGAAUGCCGGCGUUGGCGGACUUCCUUUCCUAGGGGUCAUGAUCGGCGUGCUCAUCGGUGUGGCCUAUACCGUGUGGGAUAACAAGCGAUAUAUUAAAACCCAGGAAAAACACAAUGGGUUUGCUCCACCAGAGGCUCGCCUGCCCCCUUGCAUGUCCUCUGCUGUGGCUAUCCCCAUUGGCCUCUUCUGGUUCGCAUGGACGAAUUCUCCGUCAAUUCACUGGCUAUGCAGUGUCGCAGCCUUGGUUCCAUUUGGUUUCGGACUGCUCCUCAUCUACAUGGGAAUCGUCAACUAUCUCAUCGACUCUUACACCAUUUACUCUGCGUCUGUCUUGGCAGGCAUGUCUGUUUUCAGAUACACAUUUGGAGCUGUAUUCCCCUUGUUCAGUUCAUACAUGUACACGGGUCUGGGUAUUCAUUGGGCCUCAUCCAUUCCGGCCUUCGUGUCGGUAUUGUGCAUGCCGCUUCCAUUUUUCUUCUAUAAAUAUGGUGCACAGAUUCGGCAGCGAUGCAAGUAUGCUGCCCUAUCGCAGAAGCGCCUCGAGACUCUGCGGCAAGCGUCUGUGUCAGAAAAGGCGCCCGUGCAAUCUUCUGAUGAGGGAGCCGACAACCAGCGAGGACUUUUGACAAGUUCCUAA